AUGGCACCGCUAAAGGCGCAUUGUGUGCGUGCCUCGGCCUUGGUGCUUCUAUUGACGCAGCUUUUCCUUCUGCAGUGGCUCCCAGUUGCCUUCGGCCAUCUGCGCCGAAAUUCGUCACACCUCAGGCUCUACGAGCUCAGAAACGCACUUAGAAAUGAUUUCGCUAAUUACGACAUAAGGAAUCCUGCAGUCCAGCGCAGAAAAUUUGCGCUGUGUGUCGUGAACGCUGACGCACCUUCUGCUCAAAAGGCUGACAAACCUGGCAUACUUGGUCGCGUGUGGAACACAUACGCAAAGAUAAAGGAUGUAGUUGAUAGGCAUAUACAGAAGAUAUCGGAUAAUCGCAAAAAGGCUUUGUCUAGCACCCAUCCAUUGCGGCACCAAAGCUGGCGCAUCACCUUUCACAGGAAAACGGGAUUACUGGGACUGUCAACUCGCACGGAGCAUAUUUUGAUCGACUUUAUGGAAGAUGGCACGCUGAAGACCAGCGAAGGUCAUGAUGGUAAGCAUUUCGAGAUGACAAAUAAGCAACAAUCUGCAGGAAAUUGGUGGUCGGAGUACGGUGACGUCGUGUGGAAGAUAUAUUUCGAUCCUAAAUCGAAUGUUGCAACGUACUUCAACGCCCAGUUCAGUUGGAAUAACUUUGGCGAGGCGGCUUUCAUGCGGCGCGGCGUCGUGUACCAGGACAGGCCACAGGACGGCUGGCUGCCGCAGUACCUUUUCAGGCCGGUGAUUGGCAAGUUCACGGGCGAAGGUAUACCGCAAGAUGAUACCAACAGUCCAGUGAAAUCCCGGUUUGAUGGGGAGGUAUCGCAUGGCAAGUGA